AUGUCUAUACGAUCGAAAUCUAAUAAACAAUCGGACGAAGAAAGUAGCCUUGGAAUCGAUCACCCAAACUACGGCUCUGUUCAACGCCCAGCCUCCCAUCUAUCAUCAUCCAGUACGGCCUCUAGCGACGAAAGUGGCUCUCUGAAAGCCAAUAGUGAUGCCGACGAACCCAGCAGGGCCACGCGAAGAAAGAAAUUUCGAAUUCAACAACGACACUCUCCACACCAAAUAAGUCGCCUCUCGAGUGUCAUUCCAGGAAGUAACUCUAAUGAGGCAUCGACUUCAGAUCUUGUCUUGCCAGCAUUAGAUCCAAAAGCUCAAGAAGUGAUUGAGGCUGUAACUCUUUCAGGACCUCUCGAACAGUUAUUCAUGAGACGCUCGAAUAUCAAUCUUAGUACCGUUAGACAAAAGUAUCGAAAGAGUAGAAAACUAGUUCGUGAUGAAAAGACUGAAGUAUUGAGUAUUAUUCAGAAUAUUCAACUCUGUAUCAAACAGUGUUUCAACUACAAUACCUACAUAUCAGCCAUAAAAGACUUUCUAUUGGCGAACCAGACAAUUGUUCUAUUUGUAUGUCUGGCUAGAUUUAAUGGUGGAUCUAAUGUUCUGUAUGGCAUAUCUUGUCGAGAUGAAGCAAGAAUCAGAUAUCAGUCUGGAUCCUUACUGGCUCUACAAAUGGAGAUCCUAUGA